AUGGCAGUUACGCCCAUCGUAGCCGAGGGCAAGAAUGAGGAGAAUAUGGACACAACUUCGUGGAAAGGCUGGACGAGAUCCCAACAAUCGGAUACGAGCAAGAACCUAACUCCGGAAGGUGCACCACCAAUGCCAUCGUCACGGUCACUGGACUCUCUUAUGGGUACACAGGGUGUACUCCCAUCGCAGUCCGAACAGCUCUCAACACUGGCCGUACCAACGCCUACCGAUGGCCAGGGAUCAACACGUCAGGCUUUCGCCGCACCUUCGUUAUCGAUGAAUGCCACCUCGACUUUCUCUCUUAACUUUGUAGCAUCUACCAUCCGGCCAACCCUUACUGUGCAAGCAGAUGCUAUCGCGAUGAACGAGGCCAUGACCAUCCAACCUGCUUCAACUGCAGUCCCAGGCCUUCUAGCGGACUCUUUCGCACAGGAUGAAAUUGCAGCCCUUCCCGGUGUCAACCAAGACGACCCUUCAUUGGGAACAGUACCUGGAAUGAACCAAGUGUCAUUCAUGAUUCUGAGCGACUCCCGUCCAACGGCUAUGUCAACUACGUCGUCUUUGUCGGCAGUGAGCACAGCCACUGAAUCCUCUACGAGUUCUUUCUCCCAGCCGCCGACAUUGGUCAUCUCGACUUCAUCACCGACAGCAUCCUCGACAACGACAAAGCCUUCAUCGCUACCUCCAGUUCUCACUUUUGUCACCGUCACGCGAACAGCAGAAGGCAAAGAAGACAUCCAGCCAUCCACUCAAACUAUACUGGCGCCACAAGCUGUGACUACACGACAAUCCGUAUCCUCAGGGCUUCGCACAUUGUCCCUAGCUUCCGGAUCAGCCAUACCUUCCAGUCUGGCCACCGCCGUCAGUGUUGAGCCGCAGCACGGUUUGACCCCUCUCGCAAGAACACUGUUCAUUCUAUUCGGUGUACUGGGUAAGUACCGCACCAGAGUCUUGCACGACGAAUCUAACGUGAACACAGGCUUCGUCACGAUUCUCCUCGCCAUCGGUGUAACCCUGAUAAUGCGAUCGAACAGAAGGCGCGGACAAGCAGCCCGACAACAAGCCGCUGGAAGCCCCGUCAAAGACAUCGAAGAAUACGAUGGCUACGGAAACAUAACCCGCGUAUCCGCCAACAGCUCAAUCAAAAACUUCCUAACCGAGCCCGAAAAAGCCAUUGUGAACCGCGCCGCUACGCCAGACGGAGAACCAGACGCAAGCACAAGACCCUCCAACACCCUCACCGAAGCCAUCAACUCCUUCAUAACCAAAUCGCGUCGCCUAACAUACAAAAUAUCGCCCUGA